GAUGCCCAUGGGAUGCAUCCGGGAAUGCAAAUUGCCCCUCAGGACCAGAGUUUCGGCAAUGGCUACGAAAUGCAAUCAUUCCCACUCCCUAAUAUGUCAACCACAGCCAUCAAUCCUCUCCAACAGACAGGCGGCAACGAUCGUGGUAUGCAUUCGAGAUUGCAAGGUCCUUCUCAAGGCCAAACUUUCGGCAGUGGCUAUGACAUGCAUUCAUUCCCGCUGCAUGAAAUGUCAGCGGCAUCCGUCAAGGAGCCCCUGCAUGAACUCGAAGGAUCAGCUCUAGCAGGAUAUAUUCCGACAAGCCUAGUUGUGCACAAGGCCAAUACCGCUUCCCGGACCCGAAGCGCUGGUGGUAACCGAAUCCAAGCACAGGCUAACACUGACUACACUCAGAUGUUCGACGAGGAAAAUGCAGAAUAUAAGAAGCGCGGUGAGGUACCACUACAAAGCGAUAUCUUGAGUGGGGGUACUAUCUUGAAAGCUCAACGAGGUAUCGGAAAUAGUAUGGUGGUCAACCAGUCUUCGAGUUAUCGACAAGAUAACAAGAUUGCCACGAAGGAGGCUGCAAAGACUGAGACCGCAAAGGAACCAGCUAAGAUGCCCGAGAAGCCAUCUCGGCCAAUGACAUACAAGGAAGAUUAUGAGCGGAGAUGCCGUGCAGCCAGUGAGGCAAGACGAUUGAAAGAAAUCGAGAGGAUGCAGGCUGAGGCUAUGGCACUUGAGAUCUCGAACCUUGAAGCUGUACGAGUCGAGCAGGCAACCAACCAGGCGGCAAGAUUCCAAAUUCCUCCUGCUCAAGGCCAAUUUUCUGCUCCUGUCCUCUUCCCAGGUUUUGGACAAGAGCCAAGACAGCCGCAGGGCUUUUUAUCGGUGCCGCGUCCAAUGUUUCCCAGACAAGAUUACAUGCCAACAAGAACCGAUCGUCUUUUGGGUACUUUGGCUCCCAUCAAUACAUCAGGACCUGCGGUGGACAGCAGUGUAAGUCUUCCAGUGAGCCCAGUACAUCGAGCCCGGUCGGGACUAGAUGAAGUGGUCUCUAAGUUGCCAAGACAUGUUGUGACUCGGGUUGCGUCUCAGAAUACCCUCCAAGCCAAUUCGACGUCUCCUAGUCUCUUUUACCAAAGAGAAGAACUUGCGGCAAGACUACAGAAUGCAGCAAAUAACUACACUCAACGAAGCCGUAAAGGAGACGGUGGUGCUUCUCAAGCACAAAUCAGAUCUUAAAGUGUCCUUGGCUGUCCACACAGAUAGAGGUAUUUCCGUAUUUAGCUGAGGAUUGGGUAACAGGCGAAAGUAGAGAGGUAAAAAGGUGUUGAUGAUGGGAAAUUUGGUGGUCGAAGUUGAGCGUUCAUUCUCAAACAGGGCAUUGGUGUCCAUAGGGGAUAUCUGCUGGUCGACGUUCAGCAUUUUCUCUCAGGCGGGCAUGCAUUAGCGUCGUUGAUGGGAAUUUGCUGGUCGAAGUUCAGCGCUUAUUUUAGGGCUUGGCUUGCGCUCACUGGGUUGUGACGGCAGCAUUUAUGUUAUUUCUUGGUGGUGGUGGCGAUCCACGGCUUUCCUAGU